UCUUUUAGCGAAAAGGGUCACUCAACUACAGCACUUCUGGGAAGAGGAGACUGGCUUUCCUCUGCCGUUUAAUACUGCUUCGUUAAAACCAGAUUCAUAACAAGGUACUCCAAAACAAAAUGAAUGUUGGUGUAGCACACAGUGAGGUGAACCCCAACACUCGUGUCAUGAACAGUCGAGGGAUCUGGCUGACCUAUGCCCUCGGUGUUGGAAUGCUUCACAUUGUGCUUCUGAGCAUACCCUUCUUCAGUGUACCUGUUGUGUGGACUCUUACGAAUGUUAUACACAAUUUUGGGAUGUAUGUCUUCAUGCAUGCAGUUAAAGGCACGCCGUUUGAGACCCCAGACCAAGGCAAAGCCCGGCUCCUGACACAUUGGGAACAGUUGGACUAUGGCGUGCAGUUCACAUCUUCCAGAAAAUUCUUCACUAUCUCCCCAAUCAUUUUAUAUUUUCUUGCAAGCUUCUACACGAAGUACGACACAACACAUUUUGUCAUCAACACUGCCUCACUUUUGAGCGUGCUUAUUCCCAAACUGCCUCAACUACACGGAGUCCGAAUCUUUGGCAUCAACAAGUAUUAAGUGUUUAGAGGGUAGUGGCACAACCAACUCUCAAAGGAGCUAUUGCCUCAAUAAGAUGAAUAGUUAACUCUAUGUGCCCUGUACUACCGGAGCGUGUACUAAGCAUUUUUGUACAGUAUGUGUUAUUGUCCCUCAUUGUUUAGAUACAUCAGGUUAACCUAGAGUGGGAGACUUGGAAAGAGAGAAGAUAAUGCAAUGUGCAUUACUAACUUAAGUAAAUAUUUAAUGUUGUAUUUUUUUUUUAUCUGCAUAGACUUGGGCUGGCCCAGGUUUCAAAGGUGGAGCUUUUUUGUUUGUUCCGUUUUGUUGUUGUCUUUACUUCACACAGUGACACAGACGGGGUUCCUCGUCUGUGCUUUUCUGUUCAUAACCAGAAGCCUUGGAAAUAUCCAAUAUUUUAUUUUUAAAGAUGAUUUCUUCAUAAAAGUAGGGGCCUAUGGUUCAUUGUUUGACAAUUAGUUUGUGUAUCAUAUCAUUGCUGAAAAGAACAUAAACACGUACCUAUUUUGCAUGAUUUCCAUGGUAUAGGAAUCAUUUCUCAUUGUUAAUCAUAUAGGGCAGGCAUUGUUUUUCAGUGUAUAUAGUUCUAUGUAUAGGUUCAUGUCUUGAUUCUUAUGUGAAGAUCAGAGGAUUUGUGAUAAGUGUUGUCAGAUGAAAGUGUUUACUGAAACCGGUCUAUGGUAUGCCUUUUUACCUAUAUUCAUGUAGCUGUACUUGUUUAGGAUAUAAAUAUAUCCUGGAUGCUAUUACCAAGGCAGCAAGUCCUGUUUUGUUUGGUCAUGGCUUAUCCACGAUAUUCUUGGAGCUUUGUUAGCCCUUGUACCUAACAUCAUUAAAAUGUUUGUGCCCUUAAAAGCA